UAACUGUAACCAAUCAAUGGCAGAGUUGUAACGGCCACUUUACCUGCCAUCCAACUUCCUUCAGCUUCUUCUUCCCUAUAAAUUGCAUGCCUCGCCCUCUCACCAAUAUUCAAUUCGAAUCAUCAGAUGCAUAUAAUCUUCUUCACACACUUCUAUACAAUGUUGUCUUCUUCUUCUCCUUCUCCUCCUUCUCUCUCCACAAUGUGGCUGUGCCUCUGCUUCAUGAUUCUGUCUACUUUACUAGCUUCACCUGCUCAUGCAUUCACUUCCCAGCAAUACUCUGACGCCCUUAAGAAAUCCAUUCUCUUCUUUGAAGGCCAGCGUUCUGGCAAAUUACCCUCCAACCAGCACCUCACUUGGAGGGGUGAUUCUGCCUUGUCCGAUGGUUCUUCCUAUCAUGUGAACUUGGUGGGAGGUUAUUAUGAUGCUGGCGAUAACGUCAAGUUUGGACUUCCAAUGGCAUUCACCACUACGUUAUUGGCAUGGAGUGUGAUUGAAUUCGGAAGCUCAAUGGGGGAUCAGAUUGAAAAUGCCAGAGCUGCUGUCAAGUGGAGCUCUGAUUAUCUGCUUAAAGCAGCCACUUCCACUCCUGAUACAUUAUACGUCCAAGUAGGAGAUCCUAACAUGGAUCACAAGUGUUGGGAAAGGCCUGAAGACAUGGACACUCCAAGAAACGUGUACAAAGUGACGCCUCAAAGCCCAGGAUCAGACGUAGCAGCUGAGACUGCUGCUGCUUUAGCAGCUUCUUCUUUAGUCUUCAAACAAUCUGACCCUUCAUAUUCCUCCAAACUGCUUCAAGCAGCCAUCAAAGUCUUUGAUUUUGCAGACCGUUACAGGGGAUCUUAUAGUGACUCUCUUAACUCCGUGGUCUGUCCAUUCUAUUGCUCUUACUCUGGAUAUCAUGAUGAGCUUCUGUGGGGUGCUUCGUGGAUUUACAAAGCCUCUGGAAUUAGUUCCUUCAUGAAUUAUAUACAGUCCAAUGGGCACGUAUUAGGUGCAGAUGAUGAUACUUACUCCUUCAGUUGGGAUGACAAGCGAGCGGGAACUAAAGUAUUGCUUUCCCAGGAGUUCUUGGAGAAAAACACUCAAGAACUUGAACUAUAUAAAGCACACGCUGACAAUUACAUAUGCUCACUAGUACCAGGAUCACCAGGCUUCCAGGCUCAGUACACCCCAGGUGGGCUUCUUUACAAAGGCAGCGAGAGCAAUCUGCAGUAUGUUACAUCUACGAGCUUGGUGCUCUUGACAUACGCAAAGUAUCUGGGUUCGAGUUCCAUCGAAGUGCGGUGUGGUGGCUCCACCGUGACGGCACAGAGCCUCGUUGGGCUGGCUAGAAAGCAAGUUGAUUACAUUUUAGGGGAUAAUCCGGAGAAAAUGUCGUACAUGGUGGGUUUUGGAGAUAGGUAUCCGAAGAAUAUUCACCACAGGGGUUCUUCUGUGCCUUCCAUUCGUGAUCACCCUCAACGUAUUUCCUGCGAUGACGGCUUUCAGUACUUCCACUCUUCUUCUCCUAAUCCUAAUCUUUUGGUCGGAGCCAUCGUCGGAGGACCCGACAGUUCCGACCGGUUCUCUGAUGAUCGCAAUAACUAUCAGCAAUCGGAGCCGGCGACUUAUAUCAAUGCACCCCUGGUUGGGGCUCUUGCUUUUUUCUCGGCCAAACCCGCCACCACUUGACUACUGAGCUUCUUCAUGUAAUGGACUUAGGGUUUCGUAGUGAUCAGAAAACAACUAUGUUAUGAAAAAUGGAUAUGGAUUCCUGCAUUGCAUUGCAGAGGCUGAGAUUUAAGAGAGAGAGACUUGAGAGCUUCUGUUCGAAAGUUUUUCUUACUUAUAUGUGAAGCUUAUUUCCAUGUUAAAGUUAA